AGGGGCAACAUUGUCCAUUGCUCCUCGUUUCCAUUCAAAAUUGAAAACUGCCACUGCCUCCGCUGAUCGAAGAUGAUGGAGGUGGAGAAGCCAAAUCUGGAAUCAGGGUUUCCCUUCUGGAAACCGCUUCCUCGCAUGUUCCCACCCGACUCUCCUUUCUUCGCUCCUGGUAACCUCGAACGAGAGCUUCUUGCUAAACAGGUUGCCUUGGAAUUUCCAGAAGAAAAGCUAGAGCUUGAGAAUUGGAUACAAGAAGAAGCUAGGGAAGUGUUUUGUCCCAUUGUCGGUUGUCGAGCGCGGUUGAAAUCAUUAGAGGACUUUGAAAAUCACUAUAGUGCAAGGCAUCACUCUGCAUGCUGUUCUGUGUGUUCCAGAGUCUACCCGACAUCGCGUUUGCUCAGCAUACAUGUAUCUGAAGAGCAUGAUUCUUUCUUUAAGGCAAAAGUUGCGCGUGGCUAUGAUGUGUAUGAAUGCUUAGUGGAAGGUUGUGGUUUGAAAUUCAAAAGCUACACUAGUAGGAAGCAGCAUCUAGUUGACAAGCAUGGAUUUCCCAAGUCAUUUCAGUUUUUCAAGAAGGCUGCACCUUCAAAGAAAGAGAGGCUAAAGACUCAACGCAAACAAGCUGCUCAUAAGGAGGAUGCUUCUGGAAUGAUGGAAGUGGAAAAUGCAGCCAUGGAUGACCUUGUUUCAGCAGUCUCUAGAUUGAAUACUUCGGACUCCACUCCGUCUUCAAUCAGCUUCGGCCGCCGCCCCAAAGGCUUGUCAUUUGUCCCUCGAUCUGUUCAGCGUGGAAAUAGAUGAAACCAAACAUCAUCCAUUACAAAGAUAUAAUAAGCUUGUACCUAGAACCAAUCUGCAUACUUAAUUGUUAGAUGAUCAAUCUUCAGAUGCUGCCCUGUUAUAAAGUACCUGUUGGUUGUUUUCUGUCCAAAGAUUGAAGAAGCUGAUAAAGUUGAAGAUCAUAAAAAUAGAGAUGUAAUAACAGCAUACUUUAGUAUUAUCUUUCUGUGCUUCCACUUGGGCCCCUGUAAGUUGGCCUAAGGCUAAUAUAGAGUAUAGACAUUAUGCCCGUGCGAGUAUAUCUGGCUCAUGAUGUGGAGAUUUUGAGCUUCUCUUUAGUAUGAUAUUGUUCUGUAACUUCUGUUAACUUCUCACAUGUUUACUGAUAGCAACUUUGUGAUUAGAUGUGAAAACAAUCACUCUUACCGCUUGUCAUAUGUUUGUCAUGGCAAAUGAAUUUCAUGAAUUUCAAGUAUACAAA